UUUGUUUGUAACAAUAUUUUGAAAUUCUACACAAUGUGUAUGGAAUCAAGCAAGCGACCCCGCCAACGACCGGUUCUGCCAACUCUGCAGUGCUCGGUUCCAGCAUACCCGCUCCCUGGGCCCACCCUGCAUCAGUCGAUGCCAGCUUGCCGGCUGCCUACCCGUAGCAGCCAGCCUGAGAUCUUCACCUUCGAUGUGCAGCCUGAACCACAAGUGCGCAGAGCCCCUACAGCAAACAGGAGCAAGCGGCCGCGCAGAGUCCUUUUCCCAGCCAAGGUCCGGCGAUACUUACCGCCAACUGAGACAGACCGCGCCAUGAGGUGGCUCUACACCCUGUGCCUAGUGGUGCUGGCUCAGAUCUGCUGUGAGGAGCCCCUGGUUGAAGCUCCAGAGCCUUUGCUAAUAGCACUACCUACCCUGUCUGCAUUACAGAUUGAAAACACUACAAAUGAGCAUCUACCUGCUUCACUCAACGCCCUCCCAGAUAUGCCUGAAGCACUAACAGAGAACACUGGGUAUGAGGAGGAUGCUGUGAGCAGUGACUUACCUGCAGUAACUUGGAUGAAUCUAACAUCAGUUACAGACACUAUGAACAAGUACCUACCUGAAGCAUCAUACCUGGGAAAUAUCACUUUAAUGAUGGACACUAUCAAAAGUUACCUACCUGCUGCAACACUCUCUCUGGGAAACACCAGUGCAAUAAUGGGCACUGUAGAAGACUACCUACCUACAGCACCCCUCAAUGUCAUCAUGGACUUGAUCAAAGACUUUCUGGCUGCCAUGACUUCCACUAAUAACCUAUCACAAUUCAGCAAUCUGACAAGCAAGUACUUACAUGCAGCCACCCCUCCCACAGCCACCCUCACAAGAACUAUGCCUGUAGCAGAAUCUCCAGUGAAUGUGACAUGUCACAUCAUGUUGGCAAUGUUCAGUUUCAUGGACUGAGGGAAUAACAGCUAAAUAGCAUUAUCUUUUGGCAAUACUUACCCACAGUGUGGGUCCUGACGUGGGCAUGUGCCCCCCAAAUGAAGACUGUGCCCCUAAGCGGCACCGGAAAGUGGAAGACAGUUCCAAGUUACAUGGAACAAAAAUAAGACUUUUAACCAGACUGAAAUGAAGGGAAAAAAAAACACUAAAGUUUUCAGCAAAUAAAAAAAAGACUGAUUUAAAACUUAAACUAACAAUCCCUUUGCACUUUGCACAUACUAUUUAUAUUUAAUAUUUUAUGUAUUUAAUUAUUUUUAACAAUAAAUUAAUAUUUAAAUUUAUGAAA